GCCGAGAGAAGAGACACGAUGUUGUUGGAGGUAAAGAUGGAGGACUGUCUGGAUCGUGGUAACUCUUCUGAUCUGGUUUCUCUGCUUCGUGAUGAAGGACUGAGCAGCGUCACACUCACCAGACUAGACCAGCUGGUCACCAAGGAUCUGUGUGGCUCCAGGUUCAGCAGAGUUCUGGUUGUGUUGAAGUCUUUAGAGAUUCUGUCAGAGGACAAAGACAACCUGCAGAUGCUCAUAACCUACGGACUGACUGCUAAAGUGGUGUUGUGGUUCGAAGCUGUCCAUGACCUGCUGACCUCUGACCUCCAGAAGAACUCUGCCUCCCUGCUGUGCCUCACAGAGGAGUUCUAUGACUACUUCCUGCUCCUGGGUCAGGCGUCUCUUCCAGUCAGUCAGCUGUCUGUGGUUCUCCUUCAGUUGGCUCGAUUCACUUUAGAACCAGAGAUCUUCUUUCCGCUGAGACUAGAGGCCAUCAGAACUUUAAACAGCAUCCUGGAGUCUCUGAGCCGCGACCAGAGGAAACUGAUCCAGGCCGCCCAGAGCCCGUCCCCCAUACUAUCUCAGGUGGCAGCAGCAGUUCUGACCGUUGGAGACUACGAGCUGCAGGUCAGCCUAUCAGAGGCUCUGUGUCGACUGACUCCCAGGAAGGAACGACAGCACAGAGCCAAUCAGUGGUUCUCCAGCCGUGACAUCAGCAGUGCCUUCUGUGACAUCAGAGACGGAGACUUUGAGGUGGACUGCCGCCAUUUCCUGAACUUUGUCAAUGGUUACCAUGGCAACCAGAGGAGGGUGUACACCUUCCCGUGUCUCCGAGCAUUCCUGGGCUCCACUGAGCUGUUUCGACCAAAAGACGACAAACUGGACCAGUUCUGGAUCGAUUUCAACGUCAGCUCAGGAUGUGUCAGCUUCUUCAUUGACGAGCCUCAGGCUUUCCUGUGGGGGUCGAUCCACCUGCCGAGGGGGGACGUGGAUCAUUACAGUCUCCAGCUGAACCAACACGAUACAGUCCUCAGCGUCUGGCUGAACAAUCCCAUCAUGCACCACAACAGCAGAGGUCAAACAGUGGAGCUGAAGUUUAACUCUGAACACCACCGAGAGCUGGAGGAGGCUGCUGGGAGAGUCUUCAUGAAAGUAAAGAGUUCCUGCAGAGAGGAAGACUCGAGUGGUACGCUCCAGGUGUCCCCCUCUGCACACAGACACAAUGGUAGAUCCUACAGCAGGAAGAAACCACAGAGCAAGAGUCAGCUGAAGAUUUUGCCCCUGUCGUCUCCGAGCAGUGAAGAAGACUCCUCUGUAACCAAGACUCCAGUGAGCAGAUCAGAGUUUCUGUUUGAUCAGAUUCAACACUCGACUCCGACACACGACUCAGGUGUCCCUGUGGGGGCAGAGCCAGAGGUCUCUCAGGAAAAGACGGGGGAGUUUGGAGAAUAUGUCUCUCCUUUAAGAAAAGAAGUCUUCAGCUCUGACAGGAAGAGAGCUGCUCCAGACUCAGGCUACUUGUCAGACCAAACUGAGGACUUUUUGGCCCAAAAGAAGAGGGCGGAGCCUCAGCCAGAGAGGGAGGAGUCUAAAUCGCCACCAUCAGAGUCAUCACCGAAGGAGGCGGAGCCAUUCGAGGCAGGGGGCGGACUGCUUGAUGAUGAGGGAAAGGGGGGUGCGAAAGAGUCAGGAGUGGAGCCAGAGUCAGAAUUGACGUCAGGCAUCACAGCUGCCUUCAACACCUUUAAAACACAACUUGAACAACAUUUCACUGGCUGCUGGAAGAGCGUGGAAACUGAAAUUCUUUUGUCUUUAAAAGAGUGUCAGCAACACGUCUCCUCACUGCUGACAGCUGUCCAUCAACACAGGUUAGUGUUGCUGCAGAGGUUUGAGAACAGCGUCACUGAUCAGCUGAAGCAACUGAAUGAAAACUCAACCAGCCUGAACUCCAUAAACACACAGAUCCUGAGCUUCUUCCAGUCUGAGAUGCAGCGACUGGGCUCCUUCUGUGAUGAACACCUGCAGAGGUUAAAGUCUCUGGAGAGCAGCGAGUCGGGGGCGGAGUGUCCGUCCAGCCAAUGAGGGAGGAGAAGAGAGGAGCUCGUCCAAUAAAGAGGAGAGUUAGUGAUGUAGAAACUGUCCAGGUCAGGUGUGUGAUCCAGUCUGUUAGAAAACACUGAUCACAUUCAGGACGAGAACAGACCAGUCUGAGUGGACAGCUGUUUGUUUGUUUGUUUGUUUGUUUGUUUGGAUCACCAUCAUUCACCAAACCUCAUUCAGCGACUUUUGUGUUUUUGUUUCCUCUUGAGUUA